CAUUUUGUUUUAUAUUUGCUUUUUGUAUCUUCUGCUCUUUCCAAUUAAGUGUUAAUUAAACUAUACUUCGAAAGUUGAAUUUACUAUUCUUCUCUUUACGGAUUAAAUUUGGUCAAGUGUAUUCAAUUUCUGUCCACCAAAGUUUUUCAGAAUCUCUCUAUUCUUUCAGAAUGUUUUUCUGGUAUUAGGGUUGUUUGUAUGUGAUCUAAUAAUAACUAUGUUUCAGUUACACUUUGUUUCUUUAUUGUUGCUGUCAUUGUGAUGAUUUCAAUUUCCACCAAACCUUUUGGUAAACUAUGGAUUUCACACCAGAGUUAACAGAUGUUAAAUUACCGGGGCCAACAGAUUUAUUCAAUGGAACAAACCCAAAAGACACCAAUAACCGAGAUUUUUCUUCACAUCUAUCCAGCUUGGAACGUAUAUUAGAAGAGGCAACUCAAUGUUUAUCACCAUCAGUUUCAAGAACCAACCCAAAAUCAAAAAGUAAUCCUUUAUUAGACCAAUUGCUGGACAAACCCUUAGAUGAUGGUGACUUAAGAGUCUUUGGAUCUUCUGGAGGUUACUCUGAUAAUUGUGGUAUUGAGCCGGGAACUGAAUUUAACUCAAAUGGAAAUGAAUGUUCUCCCAGUCUAUUCGAUUUACCCAUAGAAUCUCCACUUCCUUUCGGAGACAAAAGCAGAUCUAACAUUUCUGAAGAUGAAAUCGUAACCGACUGCGAGGAUGAUGAUGAAGACCAAGAGGACCAUGAGGACACUGAGGAUAACGAUGAUGAUAGUAACAGUGAUGAUGAAGACAAAGAGUCAGAAGAUGAAGAAAAUUCAGAUGAGGACGAUAAAGAAGAAUCUAAAAAUGAAAAUGGAAGAUUUAAAGAUGAUAAAAAUGUAAAUGAUUCCGAGCUUAACGAAAUCUCCAUGAAAUCUAUCGAUGUCGAUAACAAUCAACUUGCAGAUUCAACUAAAAACAAUAAGCGUAGUGAAGCUGUUCGGAAAAGCUCCAAUAGAUUGAAUAAAGGUCGAAUCAAAGAAAGUGGGACUUCUAACACUGCUGAUAAACUUAAAGGCAAGGGUUUAAAGCGAAAAGGCAAAACUUCUAAGGAUGGUAAAAAGGCUAAACGAUAUAUGAUGAGAAAAAAUAUUAAGAAAAUAAUUUCAGAUGGCGAUGUCAAUGAAAUUACUCUUAAAGCUCAACAAGAAGAAGCCGAACGUUUAAGAAGAGUGGAAGAACGUGCUGCUUUAAUGAAACAACAAAACCAAAAGUAUUUGCUACAAAAUAGUCAAGAUGAUGUGAUGGUUUUAAGUAGUGACGAUGAACUGAUUGCUCCGUGCAACUCAGGUUAUGAUUUCAAAAAUGAUUCAGAUGCAGACAUUAUUGAGAUUGCAUCGGAUGAUGAAUUUUCGGGUGACGACGAUCAGCUCUCUUCAAAUAAUAGAAUUAAAAAGGAAAGAAAAAGAAGAAGUGCCGGUGAUGUUGAGUUCAUCGAUACCAAUAACGAUGGUGCUCAUACUGAUGAUAGAUUUAAUCAACCAGAUGAACAAGGUCGAGUUUUGGUUAAUGUUGGUCACAAUAAAAACGAGGAACCUAUUUAUUUGGCUCCUCAACUGAGCAGAGCCGUUAAACCUCACCAAAUUGGAGGAAUCCGUUUUCUGUAUGAUAAUAUUGUAGAAUGUUUAAGGAAGCAUAAAACUUCUGAGGGAUUAGGAUGUAUCCUAGCUCACAGCAUGGGGUUGGGUAAAACUUUGCAGUUGAUCUCUUUCAUUGAUGUUUAUCUAACUCAUACUCAAUCAAAAUAUGUCCUUUGCAUUGUCCCCAUCAAUACUCUUCAAAAUUGGAUGAGUGAAUUUGAUAUGUGGUUACCUUCUCAAAAAGUUGCUGCCUUUCGGCCCAAUUCAUCAGAGAUGAAAUUUCGCCAAUUCGAUGUAUUUAUGUUAAAUGAUUGUAAAACAUUAUCUUCUAGAGCCAAAGAAAUUCUUGCAUGGAGAAAAUCUGGUGGAGUCCUUCUGAUUGGUUACGAAAUGUACCGAUUAUUGACCACUGAUGGUAAAACAGCAAAAGGAAAGAAAGUGAAAACGAAAGAAACAGAAGGUCUACCAAAAGAAACUUAUGAUCAUCUUAUGUCUGAGCUUAAAGCAGCUCUGGUCGAUCCUGGACCAGAUCUUGUCGUUUGUGAUGAAGGGCAUCGUCUUAAAGAUGCCGCUACCUCGCAAGCUUUAAAAAAUAUACGAACUCGUAGACGUAUUGUAUUAACUCAUCACCCGUUGCAAAACAAUCUCAUUGAAUAUUGGUGCAUGGUUGACUUUGUUAGACCUAAUUUUCUUGGUACCAAACAGGAAUUUUGUAAUAUGUUUGAAAGGCCGAUUAGUAACGGUCAAUGUGCUGAUAGUACACCUGAAGAUAAAAGAGUAAUGAAACAGCGUGCUCAUGUAUUACAUAAACUUCUUCGAGGUUUUGUGCAAAGGCGAAGUCACUCAAUUCUUACCAAAUCACUACCGAGAAAACAUGAACAUGUUAUUCUCGUUCGUAUGACUCCGAUUCAAAAGAAAUUGAUGUUAGCUUUUCUCGAUAGGAUAAAGAAAGAUCUUGCUAAUUCUCACCGACUCAAUCCAAUAAUGUUGUUUUCAGUAUUUUGUAAGAUUUGGAACCAUCCAGAUAUAUUAUUUAAAAUUGUAAAGGAAGGUCAAAAUUUCGAUGAUCUUGAUAUCGAUCUUGGAGAAAAAACAAAAGGAGAUAAAAAAGCUGGUAAAAAGAAAGGUUCUAAUGAUAAGAGUUCAAACGCAAAAAAUGGUAAACGUGGGAAAAAAUCAACAACUGUUACACUCAGUGAUAUCGAAGAUGAAGAUUUGUUUGUACCAAAGAAAGACUUAAACCAAACGAGAAACUUAAACUCUAACAAUGCUCCAAAUAAUUCGUUUGAUCAAAAUGGUAAUGGUUACAGUGUUUCUUUCUCUAACGGUCAACAAUUAGACGGUAUGCAAAAUCCAUCUUCUGAUUAUUCAAGUAACAACCAAGAGAGAACGUUCAUGAAUCAACAAUCAUCUCAAUAUCAAAACCAUAAUUCAGGUCACAAUGACUUAUAUCAUCAGACAAAUUCUAAUGUUAACAAUUCUUCAUAUUUCAACUUAUUCAACUCAGAUAACGUUAAUCACGGUAACAACUUUGAUUCUUAUCUUGCCUCUAAUUCAUCUUACAAUCAUCAAGCCAGCUCUUAUCACAAUCCAUCAAAUCAUCCUAACUCAACUAAUUCUAAGCCUUCGAAUCAACCGAUUUUGGACUUGGAAGACGAUGUUUACAAUUUGAAUAGACCUAGCAGUAGUACACGCCAACCAACUCAUUCGAAUAUUCAGUAUAAUUGGAAUUUAGCACCAAACAAUCCUACGGUAAAUCCAUUUGCAGAGUACAAAAAUAUUAUUGAUGUACCGACUCCAUCUACAACGACUAACCCACCUUUUGCAACACCCGGAUCUUAUCCUAACCGAAUGAUGGACUAUACUUGGGCAGAGCCUAUCGUUGCCAAUUAUAAACCGGGUUUAUUGCAAAAUGGUUUAAAAAUGUUGCUCUUUUUCGAGAUUGUCGAGCAAACAAUCAAGAAAGGCGAUCGUCUUUUGGUGUUUAGCCAUUCUCUAUUCACCUUGGAUAUCAUUGAGAAAUUUUUAUCCCAACGUAAUGUUCCUAAAGCUGAAAAUCAAACAGGCAGUAGAACUGAAAAAUGGUCCAAAGGAAACAAUUAUUUUAGAAUUGAUGGAUCGACAAGUGCUAACGAAAGAGAGAAAUUAAUAAAUUCUUUCAACAAAAAUAGUUCUGUUCAUCUCUUCCUUCUGUCCACUAGAGCUGGUUGUCUUGGUAUCAAUUUGAUUGGAGCCAAUAGAAUAAUCGUAUUUGACGCUUCAUGGAAUCCAUGUCAUGAUGCUCAAGCCGCAUGUCGUAUUUAUCGUUAUGGCCAACAGAAAGAAUGUUUCAUUUAUCGAUUGAUUUGUGAUGAAUCAUUGGAGAAAAGAAUCUACGAUCGACAAAUAACUAAGCAAGAAGUUUCUCAUCGAGUUGUGGACGAGCUUAAUCCAGAAACAAAUUUCACUAAGCGUGAAAUUGAUUCUCUUAUUGAGGAUCUUGAUGAUAUAAACCUAUCAGAAGUAAAGUCAUACUCAAAAGAAGAAUGUGACGCUUACGAAGAUGACAUUAUCAGUUAUAUUUGUAAAAAUAUGAACCAAUGCCUGUCAAAACCCCCAUUUGAACACGAAUCUCUUCUUUUGGAUCACAAGGAAAGCAAAUUAUCUCAAUACGAGAAAAAGUUAGCGGAAGCAAUUUAUUUCAGACAAAAGCAAGCAAUGACUCAAAGUGCUGGUCCUGCUCCUAAAAAUCCUAUGAUAGCUAAUCCUAAUUUCCUUGCCAAUGUACCAACUGUUCCAACUAUUCCCGGUAAACCCGCACUUGGACGACCCUCCUUGUAUCCUUCAGUUGGCAUUGUGCCGCCUCCCGUGAGAUCAAGAAUGCACACUCCUUUCAAUGCCCAUGGAUGGAACAACUAUCCGACUGGUCAUCCAAACUUUAACUUACCAAACUCUUCAAAUAAUUCAUUUAACCAACCAAGGGUUCCAAAUAUUUUGAGCCGCAAUAGCAUUAUUAAUCAGUAUAACAAUUUACCUCCAGGAGCUUUCGUCGAGCAACUCUCUCGUAUGGGCUAUUUAGUGAAAGCCUUUAUCAACCCGCGUGACUUUAUUAUUCCAGCAAGCGCAUCUAAUCGCGAAGUAGUCAAAAUAACUAAAGGAAUGGAAAUUUUCAUGAUUCGAAGUCCUCAAAAUGAAGUUUACCUCCGUACACAUGAGGGUCGUAUGUUUUCAUUGAAAAUUGACGAAGCUAAGUGUUCAGCCCUUUUUGGUAGUCAAAGCAUGCCUCCAGAAUCAACACCAUUGCUCAGUAAUAUGAUUUCUCAGAGCCAAAAUCAUGCAUCUCCAUCAUCUUCGCUCAGUAUGCCAUCAACAUCUUCAAGUCAACCUGAACUGAUCUGCCUCGAUGACGAUGAUUAAUUUAUUGGACAUUUAUUGGAUAAUUUUGCAGUUGAAUUAUUUCAAUAACUCGACAAAUUACUCAUAAGAAUAAGUGUCAUUUUCACUUUGAAAAUUUGCACAUCAAUAUUUCUCUUUCUUUCAUUAGUUUACGAGAAAUGGUAAUCAACCAAUCAGUGAUUUGGUAUCUAUUGAUAUUUACAUCACUAAAUCAAGUUAGCAUGAUAUACAAUUCAUGUUUGCCUGGCUAUUACUGUACAUUCGUCCACUCAUUAUUUCGUUUCAUUUCGUUCAAAUUUUUUGCUUACAAUCGUCAUCAUAUUUUUUCCCCAUCCACCACCUAAAUUAGCUUCCCUUUUCUAGGCCAUCUAAUUAAUCACUGUAUAAUAUAAAUUAGAACGACUAAAGUAUUGACUUGAUUUGAAUGUUUAAAUAUUUCCCAAACCCUAUGUGCAUCACUUUUUUUCUGUUCAAUCAUUUUCUUCAAAUUACCUCUCUAUUGGUUUGUUGCUUUAUUUUGAUUUCUAUAAUUAUUACUCAUAUUUAUCUUCUUUUUCCUUUUCAUCUACACAAGAAAUUCACUACAAAUUAUUAUCAUGUGUCAAACUAUAAACAAAAAGCUAAACUCCUUCUUUUCUAUUCCCCAAGAUUCAUGUAUUAUGGACAACGUUUCAAUUUGUUCAGAAAAAUUUAUACAAACCAUAAACAAACAAUUAUUUGAA